AUGAGCUUGAACGAGAACGCCGUCAGGACUGCCUCGCAGGCUCACCCGAGGCCGGCAGACAUCACCUACACCUACGGGACGGCCGGCUUCCGCGCAGAUGCAGAGGUGCUCGACAGUGUCAUGUUCCGUGUCGGACUCUUGGCGGCGCUCAGGAGCAAGAAGCUGGGCGGCAAGACGAUCGGGGUUAUGGUCACGGCGAGCCACAACCCGGAGAAGGAUAACGGCGUCAAGCUCGUCGACCCGAUGGGCGAGAUGCUCCAUUCGUCGUGGGAAGCCUACGCGACUCUCCUCGCUAACGCCCUCAGCGACGACGCCCUGAUCGCCAGGCUCAAGGAGGUUGUCCAGACAGCCGAGAUCGACCUCUCGAAGCCCGCCAAGGUCGUCUACGGCUACGACACCCGUCCGUCUUGCCGCACGCUCGUUCGCGCCGUCGUCGAUGGCUUGAGCGCUUUCGACGUCGAGCAGGUCAACGCGGGGCUUGUCACGACGCCGCAGUUGCAUUACCUGACGAGGUGCCUGAACACGGAGGGCACGCCUGAUGCGUACGGCGAGCCGACUAUCGAGGGCUACUACAAGAAACUCGCGAACGCUUACACGACUCUCGCCAAAGGACGGCACCUCCUCCCGGCCUUGACCGUCGACUGCGCGAACGGUGUCGGCGCUCCCAAGCUGAAGGAGUUCGUCAAGGUGAUCGGCCAGGACAUCCUCCCCGUCAUCCCCGUCCGCGACCACAUCAACCUCGCCGGUCAGCUGAACCUGAACUGCGGCGCCGACUACGUCAAGACGCAGCAGCGCGCGCCGAAGAACGUCGACCUCGUUCCUUGGCAGCGGUACUGCUCGUUCGACGGCGAUGCGGACCGAAUCGUGUUCUACUAUGCCGACGGAGAGGGCACAUUCCACUUGCUUGACGGCGACAAGAUUGCGGGACUCGCGGCGGGCUUCAUCAUGGACCUCGUCAAGGACGCUGGGCUCAGCGUCAAGGUUGGCGUCGUACAGACGGCAUAUGCGAACGGCGCGUCAACCAAGUACCUGACUGAAGUGCUCGACGUACCCGUCACAUGCGUCCCGACCGGUGUCAAGCACCUCCACCACGCCGCCGAGUCGUACGACAUCGGCGUCUACUUCGAGGCGAACGGCCACGGCACCGUCCUCUUCUCCCCGUCGACCCUGACCACCAUUCGCACGCACACCCCUUCGACCCCCUCACAGUCCGCCGCUCUCGACAACCUCCGCGCCCUCCUUGAGCUGAUCAACCAGACAGUCGGCGACGCGCUGAGCGACAUGCUCCUCGUCGAGACGGUACUCCUCCAUCGCCAGUGGACGCCCGCACAAUGGGACGCAGCCUACUCCGACUUCCCGAACCGACUCGUCAAGGUUCUAGUGCAGGACCGUCAUGCCUUCACGACGACGGAUGCGGAGCGCAAGGUCGAGAAGCCCGAGGGAUUGCAGGCCAAGAUCGACGAGGCGGUCAAGGAUGUCGUUGGCGGAAGGAGCUUUGUCCGGCCAAGCGGGACGGAAGACUGCGUCCGCGUGUAUGCUGAGGCGGCGACGAGGGAGACGGCCGACCAGCUUGCAAACAAGGUCGCCUACGUCGUCUUCGAUUCGUACGGGAAGGGCCAGCGCCCCGUCAAUGGCUUCUUCUAG